GUCACACCUUCACCUGUCAAACCAAACACCACGCCAAUUCAUCUGCAAUGUCGCGAAUUGCUACUGCUGGACGCUCAGGAAGCGCCGUCAACGCAAUGCUUCGUCGCAGCUGCUCCGGCAUCGGCCCUCUACAGCGCUCAAUUUGUGCUGCUGCUGCCUCACGAAACUAUUCUACCAGCAGCCCACUGCCGCCAACCUACGAGAAGCUCUUCAACAAGUACACCGAGGUCCGCAAGGUUCUGGGUAAGCAGCGCCUCACGCUCGCCGAGAAGAUCCUCUACAGCCACUUGCACAACGUCGAGGAGUCACUACUCACCGGCACCGAGAAUGGCCGCAACAUUCGCGGCAAGGCCAACUUGCGCCUCAACCCCGACCGAGUCAACAUGCAGGAUGCCUCUGCGCAAAUGGCCCUGCUUCAGUUCAUGUCGUGCAACUUGGAGCGCCCGGCUAUCCCCGCCAGCAUCCACUGCGACCAUCUGAUUGUCGGAUCCAAGGGCGCCCAGGACGACUUGAGCGAGGGUAUCCAGACCAACAAGGAGGUGUUUGAGUUUUUGGAGUCUGCUGCCCGCAAGUACGGCAUGGACUUUUGGCCACCUGGCGCUGGUAUCAUCCACCAGACUGUCUUGGAGAACUACGCCCUGCCUGGCCUCAUGAUGCUCGGCACUGACUCUCACAGCCCCAACGCUGGUGGUCUCUGCACUGUUACCAUUGGUGUAGGCGGUGCUGAUGCUGUCGAGGCUCUUGUUGGAGCUCCGUGGGAGCUCAAGGCGCCUAAGAUUCUCGGUGUUGAGCUCACCGGUAAGCUCAACGGUUGGGCGUCUCCCAAGGAUAUUAUCCUGCGCUUAGCUGGCGAGCUCACCGUCCGUGGUGGCACUGGCUCCAUCAUUGAGUACUUUGGCCCCGGUGUCGACACGCUCAGCUGCACAGGUAUGGCUACCAUUACCAACAUGGGUGCCGAGGUUGGCGCCACGACCUCCAUCUUCCCGUACACAGAUGCGUCUGCACGCUACCUGGCCGCGACUCGCCGUGAGCAGGCCGUUGCCAACAUCAAGAGCCUUGAGAACUUCCCCAACAACGCCUCCAGCCCUGACUCCCAGUUCCGCUUCCGUGCCGACGAGGGUGCUGAGUACGACCAGCGCAUCACCAUCAACCUGUCCGAGCUCGAGCCUCACAUCAACGGACCGUUCACACCGGACCUGUCCACACCGCUAUCCAAGUUCAAGGACGUCGUCAGGGAGCAAAAGUGGCCCGAGGCUCUGUCUGCCGGUCUCAUUGGCAGCUGCACCAACAGUUCGUAUGAAGACAUGACCAGAGUAGAGAGCUUGCUCAAGGAGGCAGCUGAAGCUGGCCUCAAGCCCGCUGCCGACUUCUACAUCACACCCGGCAGUGAGCAGAUCCGCGCUACGCUUGAGCGCGACGGCACCCUCGAGACGUUCGAGGGUGCUGGUGGCAUUCUCCUGUCCAACGCCUGCGGUCCUUGCAUCGGCCAGUGGAAGCGUCAGGACGGCGUGCAAAAGGGCACAAGCAAUGCCAUUCUGUCCUCGUACAAUCGCAACUUCCGCGGCCGCAACGACGGCAACCCCGAGACCAUGAACUUCCUGGCUUCGCCUGAGGUUGUUACCGCCAUGGCCUUUGCCGGCUCCACCACCUUCAACCCGGCCACCGACACCAUCAAGACGCCCAGCGGCAAGGACUUCAAGUUCUCGCCUCCCCAUGGUCUCGAAGGUCCCAAGACACCCUUCGAAUCGGGUGUCCAGUCGCUCGGUGUUCUCUCUCAGCAGGCCGACCCCAGCAUCAAGGUUGCCAUUUCGCCGUCAUCGGAGCGCCUCGCUCUGCUUGAGCCCUUCUCGUCAUUCCCCGAGUCUGACCUGAGCGGCCUCCGCGUCCUCGUCAAGGUCACUGGCAAGUGCACCACCGACACCAUCUCCGCUGCUGGCCCCUGGCUCAAGUACAAGGGCCAUCUGCCCAAUAUUAGCACCAACACGCUCAACACUGCCAUCAAUGCCGAGACGGGCGAGGUGAACGCCGCCUACGAUCUCGACGGCUCCAAGCACACCAUCCCCGACCUGGCUGCAGCCUGGAAGGAGCGCGGCCAGGAGUGGCUUGUUGUUGCUGAGCACAACUACGGUGAAGGCUCUGCUCGUGAGCACGCUGCCCUGCAGCCCCGUUAUCUCGGUGCCCGUGUUGUCUUGACCAAGUCGUUUGCUCGUAUUCACGAGACCAACCUCAAGAAGCAGGGUGUUGUGCCCUUGACUUUUGCCAACGAGGCUGACUACGACAAGAUUGCUGCUGGCGACGAGGUCAGCACUGUUGGUCUCUAUGAAAUGCUGCGCAACGGCGGUAAGGGUGAUGUCCAGCUCUGUGUCAAGAAGGCGAGCGGCGAGGAGGUUCUCAUUCCCACCAAGCACGUCAUCAGCAAGGACCAGGCUGGCUUUAUCCUUGCCGGUAGCGCUUUGAAUCUGCUCUCCAAGGGCGUCUAAGCGCAUUGGGUGUUGUGUUUUUGAAAGGCGUCGUUUCGGGCUUGUUUAGACCAGUAGUUGUCGCAAAGCCAGCUGGCUAAGCUAGCUACCCUUGCUUUCCAUGUAUUGUUUAUUUUAUACGUGUGUUUUUCAAAAGUAGUCUUUCAUCGUUGGAAGGGACAGAAUACCAGAAAUAUAUUAACUUUUAACCAGCCCGCCUCUAUUCUGGAUUUGUAACGCCUAAUUUGAUGCGUCCUCCGCUGGUGAAACACCAUUCCACGCGUGAUCUAUCUGAUUAGACCAUACCAACAAUCUCGCCGCAGAUGGAGUCCAAUCUGCUACACUUUGAUCCCCCAAUCUCGUAAUUCUCGCCAUGUCUUUUUGCUUGGUGGCCCUGGUACUCUCCCGAGCGGCUCUGUUUCUUGUGAGCAUGCCCCCUAGAAUGUCAUCUAGACUGGACAGAUUCACGCGGCGAUUGUUUCGAAACAUGUCCUCGCGAGAUGGUAGAUCUCGCGAUUCACUGUACGAGAUGUCUCCUAUGCUACUUGAUGCGCUGCUACUAGAUAUGGUGCUAAUAGCCGACUGUAAAACGGCCGGCCUGCGUUGAGCUCGCGUGACUCGACUAUCGCUAACACGUCUAGAUGCAUUACCAGCUGCUCGUGAAUGAGGUCGGCCAGCCAUUGUUGGGUUUUUUGGAGAGAUUGACUCUGUCAAUGGCCUCUGUGUUGGGCUUCGAUUCAGAGUAUUCUUUGCUGACACCUUCGUGACGGGCCUUGGUAACGGCAACGUCAACGGUGGCAAUUGCAGCCCGGAUGGAUCAGGUAACAAGGGUGCUAAUUUUUUAAGUUGCUUGAUUUCCUCGACGUCGGCAAACACAAGUUUCAUGAAUAGGUCUUGGGCUUCGUUCGACUUCGGCAGGUGUAUGUUAGAACCAUCAGCGUCGGAUUGCGUCACACCCUGAUGGUUGUUAUCGUCGUCCAAUAAUACUAUAGGACACUGCGCCGAGCCAUAAUGCUUAUGCAAAAUGGGCCGAAAUAUCUUCUGAAGAUCAUGAAUCUUUCCCGUUGAGCUUUGCACAAAAGCCAACAACAAUCCAACAGCCUCUUUGCACCUUGGUAGCUCAAGAUCCUCUGGUUCGUAAAUCUCUGGAGAACUAGGCAGAGUAGAAGCGGAACUGGAGCGCACUAGCGCCGGCUCUGUCUGGCUACCAUCUUCCCAUUCACUCUUUGUAUUCGUUUCCUCUUCUUCUUCGUCGUCGUCGUCGAUCUUGAUCGGAGAGUACCGGGUUCCUGGGCUUGGGGUAGGCGCUGGCGAAGCUGGCGCUUCCAGGUCAAUGACAAUCCGCUCGAGCCUGCAACUCUCCGUCAGUGGACAUGUUUGAAUAGCUAUUGAUUGAAAUGUUGAAGAGGAAAGCUUUAAAGUCAGAUCUUUUCAGUUUCUUAUAUACUGUCGUCAAGUCCCAGGCUUCAACGGUUCUGAUCGGGCAACACGUGUGUCGGGAGGCUGUCGGUCGCUGCCUUUGGUCCCAAUCUCAUUUGAUAAAAGAUUGAUACUCCAAAUAUGCGAUCUAGCGUAUUGUUUGCAGGGCAGGGGGACAAAAAUCUCCCGUCAUGGUUCAAAAUCAACGGGGAUGAAGUCAAACCUGCUACCCUCGCAUGAUGCUCCGACGUCUUUCGACGACGCGAAGAGCCAACCUGAACAGUGUCAUACUGAUCGAACCCGGAGAGUUCACUGGGUCAGACCUUUUACCAUUGGGCAUCAUUCUAAAGGCAUUGAUUGUGUGUUGGUGUUGUUGUUGAUAGGUGUCUGACUUACUUAGCUGCCAUAGGGGUUGCCCAGCUAGACGGAAAGCCGCCCUUGCUGUGCUGGCCGCUCACAGUGCUAACCUCGAUAAAAUAUCUCAGGAAGACAAAUCGAUAAUUGAGGAACAGAGCUUUCCAGACGAUCUUUUCGGUACCGUUGGAAAUCUAAUCCAGGGUAGAGUUGAAAUUUUUGGUGCAGGGUAGCCAUGACUUUUUUUUCCGUGCUCGCAAAUGUUGAGGAUGUGUAUGGUGUUUUGGUUGUUGGCCCUUGUUGCCCCCUUCAUUUCGUUUGCCUUGCCUCUUUGGAAAAGAUGCAAUUCACCGUCCUGGGACGCCGCCUCAUGCACAUCAGGGAAUUGCGGCCCGCCAUUGCAAAGGUUUGCGCUACUUGUUGACCCUGGUCGGUUGAUGAAAG